AUGACCCUAGACAACAUAUCUAACAGCAAAAUCAUGGACCUUAUUUCUGCACCACAAUCGCCUGAAUCACGAUUGCCCGAGAGUAGCGGAGAGGCACCUGAUUCACUGCUUGCUGAAAUCCCAUCCGCGCUGUUUCGAGGAUUACCGCUAUCGGAAUAUGCAGCGGCGCAAGCAGCUUUGCAGGCGGCUGUUCUCCCACCUCUUCCUCCUCUACCACGACUAUAUCCGCGACGAGAGCGAGCUGUACUGGCAGCACGCAAGCGUUCUACAACCGGACCCACCGCAGCCGGAUCCUUAUCUCUGAUCGGUCAGUGGCCAACGGGUGCUAACGUGCACGACUAUGCCAGUUACUGUCACAAAUGGCGUGAUUGUGCAUUUGAUAGACGACCGUUGCUGUGGAACGAGCGUUUGCUCCGUCACAAAACUAAAGCUGUCAUUACCAGCAAAAAGCAAUGUGACUUUCAUACGCAAGAUGGGCCGCAUCCACCACCACGAGCUGUAUCAGCAGCUACGGUCAACUCACGUAUAAACGCAGGAAUCGGGCCGCCUCUGCCCUUGCGGAGAACGACCGAAGCAAGCGGCUGCGAACCCGGCGCGAGAGUUCCAUGCUGUGUUACAUCUGCUGUUCAGACAUCAUCAUCAGCCCUACUAAUUUGCCCCAAAUGUAUCAGCAGCCGUAUUUCACGCCUCGAAGGAGAAGUCGGCGUAUAG